ACGUGUUACAGGCUACCACCCAUCACCUCUGCACUCAGCUACCCAUUAGAGACGCUCCUCUAAUGGAUAUUACCAGCCGCGGCGACGUGGACGCGUGCAGUAGGAUUUCGCGGCCGCGUCCGAGAGGCGGCACACCUGCAAAAUCCAAUUCUGUGGCUUUGAAUGUUUGAGUCGACCACACCCAUCACCUCUCGAUCUCCCACUUGCGCCACGUUCGAUCUCCAUGUCUGAAUCUACCUCAGCGCCACGCGAACCCGCGGAGCGUCCUAGGCCGCCUCCGAAUCGUCGCAGAGACAAGCCGCAACGGUCGUGCACGAUGUGUAGACGAAGAAAGCUUCGAUGCGAUCGAGUCUUGCCAGCUUGCGGCGCUUGUUCGAGCCGUGGAUUGUCUCUCUCUUGCACUUACGUCACCACAUCCGAACCCCACAGCACAAGCAACAUACCCGGAUCACACAGUGCACGCCCCCCUAUUAAUGAACGCAUCAAUCAACUCGAGAGCCUUGUUCAUUCGCUCAUGACCUCUCUCGAUGUUGCACAGCAGGUGAAUGUCAGCCCGCCCCUACAGAACUCAGUAUUGGACCCGGAUGACCCAGACUAUUUGCCCGACAACUUUGGUCAUCUCAACCUUGACAGUGAUGGGCCACAGUAUGUUGGUGGAGACCAUUGGACAUCAAUUCUAGAUGGGAUUGCUGAGCUCAAGGACCAUUUAAAUUAUGCCAGUUCAUCAUCCACACAAGGCCGUCAUCAAGCGGAUGAAGUUGAGAGUGAUGGUCCGGAGCUUUUGUACGGACUCAACAAUUACGCCAACAAAGAAACUAUUCUUGCCGCCAUUCCUCCCAAAGCUGUGGCUGACGACUGCGUCGCCAAUUACAUUCAUGUUGCGGAUGUAGCAAGUAACAUCAUGCAUUUCCCCACUUUCCUCAAAGAAUAUGAGCGUUUCUGGGAGGACCCUGAAGCUGUCCCUAUCAUGUGGAUUGGCCUUCUCUUCGCAGUUAUCGCCUACAGCAUGCAAUUUCGCCAACGCGAUGCCCCCUUCCUCCCAUCUUAUACUGACCAUUAUGCUCUACUGGACAUGUACAGAGAAAAGACAGUCCAAUGUCUGGUUCUAGGGAAGUAUACAAAUCCGACGCCUUUCACUAUCGAGACACUGCUUCUGUAUUUCUCUCUAGAGCGCCUCCGAUCAACGGAUAUGAAACCAGGGAAUUGGGUACUCGCAGGGGUCAUUGUCCGCAUAGCAAUGCAGAUGGGUUAUCAUCGAGAUCCAUCAUUAACUUCCCAGAUCACGCCAUUCCAGGCCGAGAUGAGGCGUCGACAAUGGGCGAUCAUCCGCCAUAUGGAUAUGACCAGCUCUGCCGAAGUUGGACUUCCAAAAAUGAUCAACGAAGCCAUUUGCGAUACUGCGGAACCGAGAAACCUGGUUGACAGCGAUUUUGACGAGGAUGCGGUGGAGCUACCGCAGCCACGUCCAAACACCGAACUGACACCAGUACUCUUUCUUGUUGCCAGAAACAAGAUGUUUUCCGUCUUCGGUGCCAUCACUGAUCUGACUGCAUCCGCCCGUCGGUAUACCUACAAAGACGUCAUGCAGUUGGACAGGACGUUGCGCGAAGCCCGCUUGUCCUUGCCGUCUGGUCUGCAACUACGGCCGAUAUUAAAUUCCCUCGACGAGCCAUCCAUCACCGUCUUGCGACGCAUUUCCCUUGACAUUACUUUCAACAAAGCGCUUUGCAUCCUCCACCGUAAAUACAUGGUCGCGGCACGAUCUAACGAAGCGUAUUCGUAUUCCCGCAAAUCGUGUAUCCAAGGGGCUUUCCGAAUAUUGCAACUUCAGGUUACCCUCAAUCAAGAGUCGAAACCAGAAGGCAAGCUGCAUCGACAUAGGAGGAAGCUUGCGGCCCUUUUCGGAUAUGAUUUCCUUCAAGCAAUAACUAUACUGUGUUUUGAGUUGUACUGGAGACAGGAAGAAGCCCAAAGAACACCAAGUGAUGCAGAAGAGAGAGAAAAGAUCAUUCAUGUACUUCAGCAAUCGUACCAAAUUUGGAUGGAGUCAACGAAGACAUCUCGCGAAGCACAGAAGGCCGUUGAGGUUAUUGACAUCAUUCUGGCUAAGGCUGAUAAGACCCAUCAAGCCGUUGGCGGGGCGAUUAAUGGUGUACAUGACAAGCCAGCAACCUCUGAUGACACUCAACCCGACGCCGCCUGUCAAAAUACGCAAAACUCGGCACUGGAUCCCGCUGGCUUCACACCAGAUUACGACUUUCUGAACCAUCGAGACUAUUCCUUUAUGAGUGUUCCAGGAGCAGACAAUUCUUUUGAAUUCGCCACCGACAUUGACUUGGACAAUUGGGGAAGCCAGCCCGGCGAACAGUUUUUCAGCGACUUGUUUGGUCUUCAGCUGCCUUUCGAUGACCCUUCUGGUUCUAUGGACUUGACAGAGGACGGAUGAUCGCUUACUAACUUUUCUGUUGCACAACUAUAAAAUGGUUCUUCACCGCGUAGCAAAAAAACAAAAUUCACUGAGUCGGU